GAAUGACAGCCCUUGAGGGCCCCCUCCCCUGGAAUUCAGGUCAACCCGUGAAAAGGCUUCUUCCUCCUUGCUCUCUCCACCACUUUGUGUUCCUCCCGUUCGUUUGACAUUCCGUCGCCAUUCUCUUCCUUGGAGGAAUCAACGCACACCAUCUAGCGCAUCGACCAAUCGAUGCUACCAUGGUCCAUCUUUUCGCGGCAGGCGCCCGGGGGCGACUCGGAGCCGGAGCCAGAGUCCGAACCGUCGGGGAGGCAGCUGUCGGACGAGGCCCUAGUGGAGGACCUCCUCACCGCCGUCGCAUCCGCACGGUCGUUCCAGGAGUUCCGUCGCUCGCAGCGCAAGGAGUCCUUUGGCCUCCAGCGCUGGCUCCAGCUCGUGCUCCCGCUAAUCCAAGAGAUCCGCGAGAUCGGGCCAUCCCUUACCGAUGACGCCUACCGUCGCCUUGCCCUCCUCGGUCGCGCAUUCCACGCCGCUCGCCGCCUCCUCCGCUGCUGCCAUGACGGUAGCAAGAUCUUCCUGGCUUUGGAGAGUGAGGCUAUGCUUGGGCGGUUCAGGGCCGUGUAUGAGAAGAUGAAUCUUGCAUUGGAUGGGAUGCCUUACUCUGAGAUUGGCAUCUCCGAUGAAGUCAAGGAACAGGUUGAGCUCAUCAAUGCACAACUGAAGAGGUGUAAGAAGAGAAGUGAUACUCAAGACAUGGAACUCUCCAUGGAUUUUAUGAUGAUACUCGAGAACAAGGAGGAUGGAAAUGCAGACAGAGCUAUAUUGGAAAGGCUAGCCAAGAAGCUCGAGCUACAAAGCCUGGCAGAUUUGAGAGCAGAGACUAUGGCCAUUAAAAAGCUCAUCAACGAGAGGAAUGGCCAGCAACCGGAAAGCACCAAGCACAUAAUAGAACUCCUCAACAAGUUCAAGGAGAUUGCAGGCAUCGACGAAAAGAACAUCCUUGGGGAUGUCUCCAUACCAAAAUAUCUAGAAAAAUGCCCAUCUUUGAUGAUCCCAAAUGAAUUCCUCUGUCCGAUAUCACUCGAGAUCAUGACUGACCCUGUCAUCAUUGCGAGCGGGAGGACUUAUGAGAGAAGAAGUAUCCAGAAGUGGUUAGACGCUGGCCAACGGACAUGCCCAAAGACACAACAACCAUUAGCUCAUCUAUCAUUGGCACCAAACUUUGCAGUGAAAAACUUGAUCUUGCAAUGGUGUGAAAACAAUACUGUUGAGAUUCAGAUGGGAGAAUCUGAGGCUAUAGCUGAACAGGAGGAUCGCAAAGAAGACAUUCCAAAGCUAGUGAAAGAUCUAUCGUCUGUUCAUCUUGAUGUGCAGCGGAAGGCUGCCAAAAAGAUUCGAACACUUUCCAAAGAAAACCCAGAGAAUAGAGCACUGGUUAUUGAGAAUGGUGGGCUCCCUGCUCUUAUUAGCUUAGUGUCCUAUCCUGAUAAGAAGAUUCAGGAGAACACUGUGACUGCAUUAUUGAACUUAUCAAUUGAUGAGACGAGCAAAGUUCUGAUAGCAAAAGGAGGAGCGUUACCUUUGAUCAUUGAAGUCCUUAGGAAUGGCAGCGUUGAAGGUCAGGAGAACUCAGCAGCGACAUUGUUUAGUUUAUCUAUGAUAGAUGAGAAUAAGGCGGCUAUAGGGGUUUUGGGUGGUAUAGCUCCAUUGGUGGCCCUCUUAAGGGAUGGGACAAUAAGAGGCAAGAAAGAUGCUGCUACAGCACUCUUUAAUCUGAUGCUGAACCAUCCGAAUAAAUUUAGGGCUAUUGAAGCUGGAAUCGUGGCUGCUUUGUUGAAAAUACUCAACAACAAGAAACUAGACAUGAUAGACGAAGCACUAUCCAUUUUUCUCCUCCUAGCAUCACAUCCUGGUUGUCGAAGUGAAGUGGGGACGACGUCUUUUGUUGAGAUACUUGUUCAAAUCACAAAGGAAGGGACUCCAAAGAACAAGGAGUGUGCACUUUCUGUUCUCCUCGAGCUAGGUCUGCAUAACAACUCUCUUAUGGUGCACGCACUUGGAUUGGGUCUGCAAGAACAUCUAUCUGAUAUUGCAAAGACAGGUACAAGUAGAGCGCAAAGGAAAGCCAACUCUUUGAUUCAACUUUCUCGCAAGUGCUUAUAAGAGAAUAAAUGAAAACAAAACAUCCUGAUAAUUUUGCACAAAGAUACAUGUAAACCAAUUUACUGGAAAAAGAAGAGGGGAGAGGGGUUACAAAAGAGCAUUGGUGCAGUGAUGUCUAUAAGUAAGAUCAUGAUGAGAGGAAGAUGGUUUUGAGGAAGCAACAAUUCCUUUUUUGAAUAUACACAGGAGAGCUAGCAGACAUCAUUUGAAUUAAGAUAGAUGAAAAUGGUAUGAAUACAACGCCUAAGGUAAACCCUUGGAUCAAGUGAAAAAAGAUGAAAAGAGAGCAAGGGAGGGAUUACAAAAUCAAUUGGUGUGCCACAAAGCAAAAAUAACCAACCGUCUCUAAAGCAACUAAAACUAAAUUGCCACAAGGAACUCAGACUUUUUGCUCCCGCCAUGAAGCAACAGUAGUAUUGUAACAUUGAAUUAGUAGAUAGGUCUGUUCAUCCCUAGCAGAAUUGAAAGAACACAUGAGGUGAUUCAUUUCUUGUACGCAGAAUUUUGUUGUAAUUCAUUUAUGGUAAAUAUAUAGAAGCUUUAAUUGAUAGGAAGGGUACAUAAUA